AUGGCGACGCGAAACGACCGCUACAACAAACUGUCCCCGCAGGAGCGCCGCGCUGGCGAAUCGGCCCUCAGCGACUUUGCAGACUACGUUCAGAAACAGCAAGCCAAGCGCCGCCAUCCUCAGGACCAAGACUCUACCUAUGGCACCCAGUCCGUCGUUGCAACCGAAGAGCACGCCGAGCUCGACAUUCUCGACUCUCUCAACCUCACCGACGAGCCCGUCAGCCCGGCCUUGAAACACCUCUUCCUUGACAAGUCCGAUGACGCCGACGAGAGUGUGAGCCUCUUGACCGGCUUUGUCAAUGGCCGCCUCGAGGAGGGUCAUGGAGAGGCCCUGUUCGACCUCGGCUUGGAAGACAAUGGAGACUCUAUGAACUUUGACAAGAAUGACUGGGACUUUGCCCUGGCCAGACUCCACUCGGUCACCGAAUCGCUAGGCGCCGACUAUCGCAUACUCAUGACCAAGAAUGUCGGUGGCGACGACGACGUUGAUGUCAGUCCCAAGGAGAAGGCAUGCAGCGGAAAGUUGAUGAUCAGGCGGCGGCCCAACUCGGUCGAUAAUGUCAUCGAGACGCGAAUAGCCGUCGUCGGCAACGUCGAUGCUGGAAAGAGCACCAUGUUGGGUGUGCUGGUCAAGGGCGGCCUCGACGAUGGUCGUGGAAAGGCCCGUGUCAAUUUGUUCCGCCACAAGCACGAGAUUGAGAGUGGACGAACGAGCUCGGUGGGUAUGGAGAUCAUGGGCUUUGACAGCAAGGGUGAGGUCGUCAUGGCCCAGACUGCUGGUCGCAAGCUCUCGUGGGAGGAGAUUGGCAAUAGAUCAGCCAAAGUCAUCGGCUUCACCGAUCUGGCUGGUCACGAACGCUACCUCCGCACCACCGUCUUCGGCAUGCUCAGCAGUGAGCCCAACUACUGUCUGCUCAUGGUCGCCGCCAACAAUGGUCUUAUCGGCAUGAGCAAAGAGCAUUUGGGCAUCGCACUAGCCCUUAACGUCCCAGUCAUGGUGUGCAUAACCAAAAUCGACAUCUGCCCGCCGCACAUUCUUCAGCAGACCAUUACCCAGUUGACCAAGAUUCUCAAGUCACCUGGUGCCAGGAAAAUCCCCAUCUUCAUCAAGAACAAGGAGGAAUGCAUAAACACCGCCACUCAGUUCAUCAGCCAGCGUAUCUGCCCAGUAUUCCAGGUCUCCAACGUAACUGGCCACUCUCUCGAUCUCGUUCGCACCUUCCUCAACAUCAUCCCACACCACGGCCACUAUGACGCCGAGGCUCCCUUCGAAUUCCACAUCAACGACACCUUCUCAGUACCAUUUGUUGGUACCGUAGUAUCUGGAGUCGUCAAAUCCGGUGUCGUGCACGCUGGAGACACCGUAUUAGUCGGUCCCGAUGGACUCGGCAACUUCACAACGACGAGCAUCAGAAGCAUCGAAAGAAAACGAAUAGGUGUCCCCGCCUGCAGCGCAGGUCAAAGUGCCAGUUUUGCCCUGAAAAAGGUCCGCAGAAAGGACGUGCGAAAAGGCAUGGUGUGUCUGCUCAAAAACGACGACCAGCCACCCAAGGUCCACCGCGAGUUUGUCGCCGAAGUCCUCAUUCUCAGUCACGCAACCACCAUCAAGACGAAAUACCAGGCUAUGCUGCACGUCGGCCCCAUCUCUCAGACAUGUGCCAUCAUCGACAUUGAUCGAGCAUACAUCAGGACUGGUGAUCGUGCUACCGUCGCAUUCCGCUUUGUGCAGCGUCCAGAGUUCCUCGCCGUGGGUGAUCGGAUAUUGUUCAGAGAGGGCAGAACGAAAGGUCUCGGUAUUGUCAAGGCCGUCGGAUACGAUCCUAGCAAACCGCUCAAUCCUGAUGCUGGCAAGCAGAAAGCUGUCGCGACCGAUGCUGCAGAUACUGCCGCUCCUGCUACUGCUGCAGCGUAA